GAUUGAUCUGGUUUAUAAUCUAUCAGCACUCUGCCUACAUUCAUUCUUUUCAAGUCGUUCGUUUACUCCGUCUUAUAUUCAAACACAACACAACACAACACAACCUAAUUCAUCAGUGUUUUGCCUUCUCUUUCACCAAACCCUCUUAAUUUUACAAUACAUUGCUAUUAUAAUUCCCCCUUCAACAUACAACUAACAACAAGAACAAAAAUGCGUCCCGAAACCCUUAUCGUCGUCCUCGCCGCCGUGGCCUCUGCCCGUCCCGUCCCAACCCCUUCUUCCGUCCACGAUGUCAUCGUUCCUCGUGAACUACAGUACGCAGACAUCAAAGCCGCAAGUGGUACUCCGACGUGGCGCCACUGGCCCAAGAACUCCUACGACAGGGACGAGGAUCACUACUCUCGCCAUCGCCGGGGUGAACCACACUUCCACGACGGGCGGAUGCCUCAUGACCACCAUGGUUCUCACCGCCAUGACGAGAGACACCCUGACUUGCCUCAUGACCAUCAUAAGGGUGGUCCUCAGAGUGACGUCGUCGACAACGUCCUCGACUUCAUCUCGCAUCAUGCCCGGUCCGUCCCAGAGGUGUCAUCUCGCAUCAUGAACGGCAUUGUCGAAUUCCUCUCUCAUGAGACCCGCGCCUACCUUGAUGAGACCGAUGACGAUGCUGCUGCUUUCCACCGCGACCAUCACAGCCCGGUCAUUUUCAAGAAGACUCUCAACUGAUUCACCGGUUCUUCAAGGUGAAAGAAAACAAAAGCAAUGAGAUUCUAGCCCAUGUAGCGAUCUCAAGGCUUCCACCAAAGAAAACAGACAAGGCCAUUUGCACCACUGCAUCAACAGAUCAAGACCCAGCCGGCAAGAGAGAAAGACAACAAGAGGCGGAAAGGGGAACAUCGGGAGCGAGAUCGAGGUUGAAUAUUCGUUCGUCCAACAUCGGGGGUGGAAGAGAUGAAAUCUUUUCGUCUUCCCCUGAUCUCACAAUCUUUUACGGAUAUUAACCCACCCUCUGGUUCCUCCCUUUUUGUGCACUGUCUUUGAAGAGUCUCCUUCUUGCAUGCACCAGUCCAGACGAGCUGUUGAGACAGGUGGGCAACAGAACUCGGGACUUCACCAGAGGAUCCUGUCUACCUUACUCGCGGUCCACGCAGAGGCCUUCGGACUGGUAUUCUUGUGUUCUGGGUGGGACGCACAGCGGCAACUCGGCCCCUGCCCAUUAGGGGCCAGUAAGGGAGGAGAAAAUACCACACAAAUAGGGGGAAGCACUUGAAGCUUCAAAGCUAAUUGCGGCGUUGCAAAAAUGGCUCACUAGGCUGGAGCAUACUGGCGGAACAAAAGCCCGUGCCAUGUAAAGUGGGCUGAGAUUUUUACUUUGUAAUCUUAAAUAUGAAUAAUGAUAUGAUGAC